AUGGAUCUACGACCCCGGGGAUAUACAAUGCUGUCGGCAUUCACAUUCAGAUCUCUCCCAGAGGUGGGGUCGAGAUCCCGUAGCCCUACGGGGCGAAUGACACUCACAAUGAGAAUGACACUCAAGGAGAGCGGGCGUGUAGGAGGGCUCCACCAUAUCGUAGAUCCGAAAGAAGGGAUGCUACUCCCGAAGGGAUGGGGGAUGUACGAUUCCUUGGAUGCCUCUCCCGGAGGGAGAGAGAAGGCUGUACGGUCCCUUGGACCUACGAUCCCCCCGGGGACAUAA